CUGCUGACAAAGAGAGAAUUUAAGAGGGCAGCUGGAGGUGAGCCUGCAGGUACAUGGUGAGCGUCUGAGCAGAUCGGAUAAGAAUCAUGCAGGCUCUUUUGGUGUUUUGCGUGUGCUUAGGAGCUUUAUCUGUGGAAGGACAAGUCCUGGAUGGACUGAAUUCACUCUUCACAUUUAUAACUGAGACAGAUGUUUCACCCUCGCAGCAUCAACCGGUGGAUUCUUCAUCAGCAUCAAGUGAAAAAGGAACCAAUGAUGUACAAAGAACAAGCCAAGUAAGCGACGCUGCUACAGACACGCAGUCAGUUAUGGGGCGAGCUGAGGCUGUGUGGGUGGAGCUCAAUGCUGUGUUGGAGAGAUGGGGUGGAGCGGCGGGGAAACUGAAUACAAUCUUGAAGGAACUCAAAGAGGAGAAAAAACGCCUCUUGGAUCAAGGGGAAGAGCAGAAACCAAAGAAAAAGGAGGAGGAAGAGGAUGAGGAUGAAGAGGAAGAGGAUGAUGAUGAGGAGGAGGAGGAAGAAGAAGAGGAGGAGGAAGAGGAAGAAGAAGAAGGAGGAGAGGAGGAAGGAAAGGAAGAAGAGACAGCCGAAGAAGAGGAGAAUGAUGCAUCUAACAGCACCUCCACCCAAGACUCAUUACCAGAAGGCUGCCAAGUGGGAGAAGGUCGAGUAUCCUGCAAGCAGAUUGGCUUGUCCCAACUACCAGACAUCACAAACGAGGAAGUCACCAUACUUGAACUGCCUGGGAAUAACUUAACAAGAAUUCCUCCCAGUGGUUUUUCCGGGCUGCCAGAUCUUGAAGAGCUUGACCUAAGUUUGAACAAGCUGGACGACUUCUCUUUCGACCUAAAUCUCUUCACGAAUCUUACAAAGCUGAAAAUUCUGAAACUUGAUGGCAAUGAACUUACAACAGUUCCACAGUUGCCAUCUUCUUUGGAGAAUCUGAAGAUAAACAACAAUAGAUUAAACCAACUGGCUUCACACAGCUUCACAGGGUUGCUUAACCUACAAGUGUUAGAGCUGACAGGAAAUAUCCUGUAUGAGAGCAGCAUUGCACCCUGGGCUUUCAAACCUCUGAAGGCACUCAAGUUUUUACGACUGGAUAAAAACAGAUUCAGUGGUAUCCCAGCAGGCUUGCCCCGGUUGCAGGACAAUCAAAUAGUGGAGGUGCAAGACAGGCUUUUGGAUAAGUGUGUCCACUUGAAGGUGUUAGAUCUCAGCCAUAACCUCCUAAAAGAGAACAGCAUCUACCCUGAGGCCUGGAUCAAGCUGCGGAAGCUGGAAACUCUUGAUCUGUCCCAUAACCAGAUGGCAGUGGUGCCCUCAGAUCUGCCCCGGGCCUUGCGCCUACUCUCUCUGCAGCACAAUCACAUUCACUCCAUUCCUCCAUACUCACUGAGUCACCUCCGCCCAGGCUUACGGUCCCUACACCUCUCCCACAACCUGUUAGAAGAGCACGGUGUGCUGGGGAAGUCAUUUCGUGGUGUUUAUCAAACUCUGGAGGAGUUACACUUGGACAACAACAGGUUUCAGAGGGUGCCACACAAUAUGCGCCAUUUCAAGAACCUCAAGCUACUGCGUCUAGACCACAACCGUAUAAGCUCCGUCCCAGUGAAAUCAAUCUGUAAGGUUAAAAGGACUGAGGAUUCUCCCCUGUCAGCUGUCCAUUUAGAGUACAACUACAUCAAUGUGAUGAAAAUCCCUCGUGCUGCUUUCUCCUGCAUUCGGGAUUCCAACAAGAUCAUACUGGAUCCUCAGAGCCAAACACAGGGCUAGUAAACACCCUGUCACUUGAAUCCUCCCCUCUGCGUCUCCUGUCAGUCACUCUAAGAUUAAAUACUGUAAACACCAUGUCCAUUAAAUCUAUUAAUAGUGUGCAUGCUUCCUCUCCAAAUGCACAUUCGGGUCACGUUCGGCAACCUGUAGCAUAUAAUACAUUAUUCUGUAUGUAAUAAACAUUCUUCUUAUAAGCUUUUGAAACAAAAAAAACUGAAUCUGAAAAAAAAAAAUCUGAUGCCUUUCUACAAUAUUCAUUUAGCAUCUGCAGUGAUUUUGUUAUUAUAUACUUUCGUAUUUAUAUUUGUGUUGUAUUAUUUUAAAUCAUCUUCUGAUGUCACAUUAAAACACAUUAAUGUCUAAAAUGAAACAAAUUCAUGUCUAAAAUGAAAUGUUUUAGUAAAUAUAAGUCUAAAUGUACACAAUUACCGCAA